GACAGUUUGGAACAAACAAGAGAAAGUUUGAGUUUCUUGGCAAGUGCUAUGCUUCUUUUUUUUCGCUUCCUUUCUCUCUUAUUUUUUGAAAUACCGAUAUUGGCGCCAACAUCUCGCCUCUGAAGAAAAAAGAAAGAAAAAAAAAAGUUUGGCCCACAGCGGGAUUGUAUAGUGUGGAAAAAUGACCAAACGACGAUUAGACGAUGGCGAAUUGGUCAAUGUCCUGAAACAAAAACAAAAGGAAGAUCCGUCAUUGAAAGCUUACUAUGCACAACAGACAUUCCAGCGUCUCAUGCAGGCGCAGCGACCGACGAAUGGAUCAUUAUCAACCUCAGAACCGUCCUACUUCUUCUUCAAUAAUGCUCAAGCUAAAACAACACCCUAUGCCAUGAACGGUGCGGGUCCAUGUUAUCGCUGUUCUCGCCAUCCUUCAAGUGAUCGCUGCGCGUUUUGCGAACAACUCAUAUGCGCAAACUGUGCCCAAACUUGCCAUAGCUGCCAAAACCAAUAUUGCACCACUUGCUCCGUGAUAGAUUAUUCAUCUUCAAUGGAAGCGGUGUUUUGCCUCUCUUGCAAAAACUCAUAAAACGCCUUGUCAUUUGGAAGACUACCAAAGGAAUUGAACAAAAGAUCAUAACCCGACUCUUUUGUGUCGUACCAAAAGGCCAUGGAUACUCUACCUAUCCUUUUAGCAUAUGUAGUGACAUUUACUUUCAUCCGAACCCACCAUUGCCUCGUUACACUUCAGGCACCUUGUACAGUAUUUUUUUCUUUCACGCACAUCGUUUCAAAAUAUCCUCUUUAUCUUGAUUAAAUCUAGCUUAUGUUUCUCUUGUUCAACUUAUUCCCGCAUCAAGUGCAGCCCGCGUCCACUGCAUCUGUAGCUUAUGGCAAGUGAAAGAGGGUAG